CGGAGCAUUGUGGGAAUUGUAGUUUUGGUCGAAGUUUAGCUGUCGGCUAACAUAUCAACUUCUCCACCGCUGUGUGUUUCCCUYGCGUACAACUUCGGUAUGCUGAAUGAGAACAUCGAUGGCGGAGAGCUAUGACGGAGGAGUUCGACGAAGAUGUGGUGUUUGAGAACUCCCCUCUUUUCCAGUACCUUCAGGAUCUAGGGCACACGGACUUUGAGUCGUGUCCGACAGCGUCUCAGGAGGAGGAAUGUGGUGGAACGGAGGGAGACCUCACCUGUGCUGGAGGAGAUCUCCAGAAAACCUCUGGGUCUCGGUUCUGGAGACUGGUUGAGGCCUUGUGGACMUGGAGCCCCCUUCAUAAGGCAGCUGAAAGUCGGAAGCUGGAACAGCAGCUGGACAGGGGUUUUGGACAGUACUCGGUCAGAUGCAUYCUGGACCAGGACGUGCUUCUGCAGGAGGAUGUGGAGCUGAUCGAGCUGUUAGACCCCAGCCUGCUYACCCUCGGCUCCUCGCCCUCUGGCUCCCCCAGCCGAGCGAGCACCCUGCCCAGACCGAGCCUCGUGGCCAGGCCGUCCUUAUGGGAUGUUGCGGGGCUGGUGGGUCUGGCUGCAGUGCUGCUGGGACUCUGCUCCUCCACUGAAAGCCUGUGGUCAGUGGCUGCAGCUCCGUGGGGCCUGGUCCUUCUGGGCUGGGUGGGGGUGAGGGGGGUGGCGCUGUGGAAACGGGGUCGUAUGCAGACGGACGUCCACACCAGGGCCAUGCAGCUCCAGACUCUGGUCCGCAACAGCAAGACUCUGACCGGACUGACUCGUAAAGCUCUGCGUCUGGUGCAGGAGACCGAGGUCAUCUCCAGAGGCUUCACCCUUUUGCUCGACAGGGUGAGUGCGGCCAGCUCCUUUAGCAGGGCGGGGCCGGGGGCGGUGCCACGCAGCCAGCAGCUGAUYGGACUGAGGAAGGUCCUGUACCGGGCGCUCCGCACCUCCUUCAGAGCCUCCCGCAGGGCCACCUGUCACAUGCUCAAGGCUUUCCCUCUGAACUCUGAGAUCGAUAAUGUGACCAACUACGUGUGUGCGGUGCCUCUGAAGGAGCUGGGGCUCGGGCUGGGAGUCGAGCACCUGGGUGACGAGCAGGCACAGGAGCUGACUGAUGACUACAGCCUGCCGGCCCUCAAGAUGCUGUUCCAGCUGUGGCUGGGACAAAGCUCUGAAUGCUUCCGUCGGCUGGCUCUCCUCCUGUCGCCGCACAGGAUUGAGGAGUCGGAGGAAGGCAGACCCAAAGGAGAAGCCUCACCUCCUCCUCCRCUGCACCAGUCCAUCUCCACCGUCACCGAGCCUCUCCACCGUGCACUUUCCAGCUGCCUCAGCGAGGUGCAGCGCAGCUACGACUUCCACCGACACUUCGAGAUGCAGCCGAGGGCCUCCAGCUCCGACCGGACCGGACGAGCGAGGGAGAAAUGCCGAGAGCUCAACACCCUGCACACGUCCAUCCGAAGCCUGCAGCUGCACCUCAAGGCCCUGCUCAGCGAGAUGAUCAUCUUGGAGGAUGAUCUGGAGAAACUGAUGAUGUCCAAGGACCUGGCAGAGCUGACACUGGACGGGUAUCGGGACUUGAACGAGCGGCUGCAGCAGCUCCACCCACACAUGCAGGCCAGCGCCGGUUGCUGGGAGGACACCGUCAACCAGGUGGAGCGCAUGCUGAGGAGGGCCAACAACUGUCCAGGUGACRGUGUGGAGCAGUGUGGCCCAGCUGUUCCUGAAGCACCUCCUCCAUCCUACCCCCUGAUCCUAGACCGAGACCCGGUGCCAGAGGAGAUGGAGUUGGAGGCCUACGUGUCAGACUCUGAGUCUGACGGGGAAGGCAGGGAGUCGUGGUCCGACAUGCUGUCUCCAGAGGAGAGGGAGCGACAGCGGAGGGAGAGGGAGGAGUCUCGUCGCGUCCUGUCUGAGCUGAAAGCCGUCCUGGGUUUCCGUGCGUCCGAGGGGGAGAGGAUGAAGAGGAAGCAGCUGCUGUUCAGUGACCAAGCUGCUGCGUCGCCUUCAGUUCUCGCUCAGAGUCGUGAUCCUGCAGGAACUGGCGAUAAGGAAGGAAACUACCUAUCAGAGCGCUCCGCAGGAAGCAGAGGGGAGGAGGGGGAAGGAAAGGACGACAAGRUGGGGCCUGACCCCUCUGCAGACCCCGUGACAGAGUUCAGCUGCGGCUCGGAGGAGAGGGAGCCGGGCAGAGCSUCGGUGUGCAGCAGAGGAGGGGGCGGAGCCUCGGAGCUGCACCAGUACGACGGCRUCACGGACGAGGAAGACGAAGGGGACGGCCAGAACGGCCUGGACUGCUUCCUGAAACCCAAAGUGUCCGCCAUCUCCGUGAUGGACAGGCUGACGGAGAUCCACGGCUCGGAGACGCUCAGCUUCAGCUCCGCCCUCGCCGCUCAGGUGGCCGCGCGCUCGCACUCGCUCGUCAAGAUGGAGGAGCAGACGUUCGGAGAYGAGGAGGAGGAGGAGAGCGACGGAGGGACCUCAGAGCAGGACUAAACAAUAAACUCGGGUUCUUUAACCGAGCAGAGACUUUAUUUAAGUUGGUCUCGUCUCGAUGGGUCUGUCCAUCCACCUGUCUGUGAUUGUCUUUCUGUCCGUCACAUACAAUUCUUACUGUUUAAACUCAGGUACCAGAACCACGAACACAAAACCUGACCUCACACUGGGGAGGCUCGAGUAGCAGAAUGCUCAUCAGAUUAUUAAAAUAACCCGUUUUUCUCUAAAUGUGAAAGAAACGUGCAGUUUUUCAUUUUCAUGACAUCUUUUUUAGAACAUUAAYAAGUAAAGAAAACACUACAGGCUGAGUUACUGUAGAGCAAAGUGUUUCCUGGUGGGACAUCAUUCACUGCUGGACCCUUUUUUUGUUUAUCUACAGUAAACAUGUUUUAAGAUCUGCAGAAUUUUACAGUAAUAAUUUUACAAAAUUAGAGCUUCAAUUUGAAAUUCCUUCACAACCUAGAAGCUCAUUAAUUAAAAAAAUAAAAUUUAAAAUGAUAAGUCAUCCAGAAAUUAUCAGAGGAAAUUAGUUUGCAGUGAAAACAACUCCAGAACAAGAACUCUUUAGUUUUUGUUGCUCUUCAGUUUGCAUAUUUGUGUCUGAAUAAACACAAAGCGUUCUGCAGUGAAAUUGUUCUGAAUAAAGUCUGGAGAACAGAGUUCAGCUGAUUUAUUAAAGAGGAGCAGGAGCGCCGCAGGAAGAGGAGUCAAGUGCUAUUUUUUUUACAAUCAUCGCUCUAUUUUAGUCCGCCCCACUUUUUCUCUGUUUGUCUCUGGAACACAAAGCAGAACCUACAUUCAUAACCCUGUUUGCAGUCACAUAUUUGGAAUACAUUAUUGUAUCUAAAGAAGAAAAAAAUGUGACACAGCCUCCAUUUUAUCAGUGUCAGUGUUUACAGGGUUAUCAGGUGUGAAUAGUUUGAUGUGAAUGUAAUUAACUUCAGUUAGAAGUUAAAAACAUUCAGGUUUGAAAAUCUAAAUAAUAAUAAAAAAAGAUUUGGGCUUGUGUUGAAUAUAUAAAGAAAGAAAGUCACUGUUUGCCCCGUUUUUCACCUCGUCACCAUGUUUGCCUUGUCCUGGCCCUUUCUGCAUUUCACACUUGGAAAAAAAGAACCACUCUGGAAGUGUUUACUGGCAUCUGUCAUUAUGUCUGAAAAAAUGGGGCAAAGAAA